UUUAUUUUUUCUUAAAUGUAUCUCUGUUAUCUGUUAACGUUUAUUAGGAAUGGGUUCCUGUCUGCCAGUAAGAUGUUCAAGGAAGAUGACCUGGAAGUGGAUUGCAGUGGGCGCCAUUAUAUGAUAACGGGUGCAAACAGUGGAAUUGGCAAGUGCAUAGCUACAGAAAUAGCCAAACGUGGAGGAACAGUUCACAUGGUGUGUCGCAACCCAUCCUCUGCUGAAGAAGCCAAACAAGAUAUAAUUGAUGCAUCCAAUAAUUCGAAUAUCUUUGUGCACAUCCUCGACUUAUCGAAGCCCAGGGAUGUACACAAGUUUGCUCAAGACUUCUGUAAAAACAAUGAAAGCUUACAUGUACUAGUUAAUAAUGCUGGAUGCAUGUUCAACAUAAGAGAAUUAACAGAAGACAACCUGGAGAAAAACUUUGUGACAAACACUCUUGGCACUUAUAUCCUCACUACUCAACUUCUUCCAUUAAUAAAACAAAGCGAGAAACCACGUGUAGUGACAGUUUCCUCAGGUGGCAUGCUAGUUCAGAAGCUUGAUUAUACAGAUAUGCAGUUUGAGAAGAUGAAGCCUUUUGAUGGCACUUUGGCAUAUGCUCAAAAUAAAAGGCAACAGGUUUGGUUAACUUAUUUUUUCAUCUUUCCUCUUCAUCUUUCUUCCUCUUACACUGUUUUACAUUUCACGUGUGUUUCUCCAGGCUGGGCAGACAUCCUUCUGUUUGCCCCCAUGCCAGACUUUUAUAGCAAGUUGAAGGAUAAGCUGAGGACGCCAGAUGAGGGAGCAGACACUGCCGUGUGGUUAGCAGUGUCACCUGCAGCUGUACAGCACCCAGCAGGGCUGUUCUUCCAGGAUAGAAAUCCUGCUCCCACUCACUUGCCUUUGGCAUCAACCAAAGUGACCACCAAAGAGAAGGAAGAAUUCAUGACUGCUCUUGAGGAGCUUUCCAAGAAAUUUGCUGGAUAAACUUGGAUUAUUGAAUGUGUGGGAUAGGUAACAAUGUCGCCUAAAUUUUUUUUUGAUCAUACGUUGGUUUAUAACUUUAUUUUUCACGUUUUCUGUCACAAAACUGUUUUAUUAAUAAGCUAGUUGACAUUUACUGUAAUUGCUUGUCUGUGGCUCCUUUGUCAGCAGUAUAAAUGAGUUAUUUUAUUAAAAAUAAUUGUUGCCUCUUAACAGUUUAGAUUAUAUUUAGCACACCCAUGCUGUUUUAUAUAUAUAGUAAUACAGCAGUACAGUAUAAUUUUCUGUAUUUUUUCACUCCCAUUUAUGGUUAUAAUAAAAGCAUAUUACUUUU